AUGGCGCUGUACAGCGCGGCGGCCGCCGUGCUGGCCGGCCUGGAGCGCGGCGACGGCGGCAUCAAGGCGCUCGUCUACAGCAGCGGCUUCCCGCGCGUGCGGCAGCUCUACGCGCUCGUGGCCGAGACGCUGCGCUACGCGCCCGUGCUGGACGCCGUGCUGGACGGCGCCGCGCUGCUGCAGGCCGAGAGGAAGCUGCCCCCGCACCUGGCCAAGGUGCUCGUCUACGACCUGCUCUUCGGCAAGGGCCUCCAGUGCGGCGGCCGGUGGAAGGCGCUGGCGCGGCGGCACCGGGCCCGCCUGCGCGCCGAGCUGGCCCGCCUCAAGGUGCGGCGGCGGGUGAGCCGCGACGAGGAGCUGCUGGCGCCGGCGGCCGGGGCACCCGCCCCAGCGCUGCCGCGCUACGUCCGCGUGAACACCCUGAAGACCUGCGUGGAAGACGUGAUYGACUUCUUCAAGCGCCAGGGCUACUCCUACCUGGGCAAGGCAGCCAGUGUGGAGGAACUGAGCUCCCUCUCAGGGAAGAAAUUCCUGUUGGAUCUUCAUCUCCCGGAGCUGCUGGUCUUCCCUCCACAGACCGACUUCCAUAACAACCAGCUCUACACUUCUGGGCACGUAAUCCUGCAGGACAAGGCCAGCUGCCUCCCUGCCUUCCUGCUGAGUCCGGCCGCCGGCUCCCAUGUCAUCGAUGCUUGUGCUGCCCCCGGGAACAAGACCAGCCACGUGGCUGCCAUCCUGAAGAACAAGGGGCAGAUCUUUGCCUUUGACCUGGACACCAAGCGCCUGGCCACCAUGAACACCAUGCUGAUGCGGGCYGGGGUCACCAGCUUUGAGCUGGCCCAGCAGGACUUCCUGAGCGUUGACCCCAGGGCCUCCAAGUACAGCAAAGUGACCCAUAUCCUCCUGGACCCGUCAUGCAGUGGCUCAGGGAUGGUGACGCGGCUGCCCACGGCAGAGGCGGCCCCCGGCGCCGAGCGGCUGCAGGCACUAGCUGCCUUCCAGCGCAGGAUCCUGAGCCACGCGCUGAGCUUCCCGGCUCUCCGGCGCCUCGUCUACUCCACCUGCUCGGUGCAGCAGGAGGAGAACGAGGACGUGGUGCAGGCCGUGCUGCAGGAGCAGGGCUCGGCCUUCAGGCUGGUGAACGUGUUGCCUUCGUGGCCCUGCCGAGGACUUGCCACGUUCCCUGGGGCCGAGUGCUGCCUCCGAGCCUCUCCUGCGGAAACGCUCACCCAGGGCUUCUUCGUGGCUCUGCUGGAGCGCUGUGGGGAGGAGGCUGCUGCCUGCAGGCCUUGA